AGUAAUAUCCCCCGCGAUACCCGAGACGAAUAUUAAUGGAGUCGAGUCGGGUCAUCUUCCAACAAUAUUACCUUAGUCAAGGAAGGUCUCCGGUGUGGGCGUGUCACUCAAUCUUCUCAGAAAUCAAACUAAUUCACCAGAGAUCAGGAAAGGAUGGCUGCAAAUAGGGGUCAAGGUGGAAUUCAGCAAUUGCUGGCUGCAGAACAAGAGGCUCAACACAUUGUCAAUGCUGCAAGAGCCGCGAAAAUGGCUCGUCUGAAGCAAGCUAAAGAAGAGGCUGAGAAGGAAAUUGCUGAAUAUAGAGCUCAGGUGGAGCGUGACUUCCAGAGGAAAGUUGCAGAGAGUAGUGGAGAUUCUGGUGCUAAUGUGAAGCGGCUUGAAAAAGAAACAGAAACAAAGAUUAGUCAGCUGAAAACAGAGACUGAAAAAAUAUCUUAUGAUGUUGUCCAGAUGAUCCUGAAGCAUGUGACAACCGUCAAGAAUUAAGCUCCUUGAUGGUUUAGCUGGUCCUGGAAACGUCUAAAGAUAAGUGAUUCCCAUUUUGGUUCAUCAUGGAUCUUAGAGUUCCGGUGUGCUAUUCUUAGGAUCCUUGUAUUGUUUGUUCUGUUGUUCAGUAUAUUUCAGAUUGUACUUCAUCGAACUAAUAAUUGUUCUCAUUGUUGGAGAAAAUAAUCCUGUAUUUUAUUGAUGUGACUUGCUUGCCUAUAAUUAUGUUUAUUAUUUUUUAUGAA